AUGGAGGAAAACAACACUGGUUAUCAGGGCAAUACUGAGCGCGUUCUUAACGAGUUUAAAGAGAUAUUAAGUCUCCCGCCAGAACGCGUUGGUGAAGUAGGUGUCACUGUUCCAAUUCCAACUUUCGAAGAAUCAACCGUUAUUGAACUUGCAAAUAGAGCAAAACGAUCUUAUAUUGGCAUGGAUACACUUCUGAACAUACAAAAACCAGUUUAUAUCAUAGGAGAUCUUCACGGAAACAUCUUCGAUCUAAUAAGAGUUCUUGUUUUAUCUGGCGUUCCACCUGUUAGCAGAUUUCUAUUUCUUGGCGAUUACGUAGAUAGAGGUCAGUACUCAGUCGAAGUUAUUACUUUACUUUUAGCACUCAGCGUCAAUUAUCCUGAACAUAUUUUCCUUCUAAGAGGCAACCAUGAAUUUGAACGUGUUAAUGAAAUGUACGGUUUCAAAAUGGAAUGCGAAACAAUAUAUGGCGAUUUGAAGGUUUACAACGCACUUAAUGAAGCUUUCAACUGGAUGCCUUUAGCGGCUAGAGUUGGAAAAGAAAUUUUUGCAGUACAUGGAGGUAUAUCUCCACAGAUUUCAAGCUUUAGGCAGCUUCGUUUAGUCAAAAGACCAAUUACAACCUAUGAUAACAAUAUCGCUUGUGAUUUACUUUGGUCCGACCCUUCAGCUGAAACAAAAGAUUUCUUACGUUCUCAGCGUGGCAAUGGCGUUACAUAUGGUGUUAAUGCCGUAAAAGAUUUUCUUCGACAGUUCAAGAUCCAGCAUAUCGUUAGAGCUCACCAAUGUGUUCCUUUAGGUAUUGAGCGUUUUGCAGGAGAUAGCGUUUAUACAGUUUUCUCUUGUUCGAAUUAUGCUGAUGCAUCCGGAAAUCGCUGCGGAAUUAUGUUUGUUCCAGAGAAUGGCGACUUACAGUUGUUUAGUCUUCCACCAAUUACACAGAUUCCUCGCGAAAAAGCCCUUCUUACUGGCAAACCAUCACAAAAUAAGGGAAAUACAACACUAAACCUUAACGAUGUCAAGAAUGAAGUAUCUAGAAACUCUAUCCUGUCACUUAAUUCAAGGUUUACGCAGAGAACUUACAUGACAAGAAAGAAUUCAGUUGUUAGAGGUGUUGUAAGCAGUUUGUCGCUUCCUAGAUCAGCUUCAGCACAAUCUGCUGCUACUUCUGAUUCAGAGGAUGGCAAUUUACCUCCUCUUAAGCCUCGUCCACAGACUGCAGAGCCUUACUUAGCUAAUAAUAAUAAGUAA